GUGCCGAGUACAGGCCCUUCCUUGGACUGCCACCUGAAAUUCAAAUGGACGUGUGGAGGAGGCACGGCAGAACGGAGUCACGGGGGACCUUUACUCGGAAGCAGUAACACAGGAGGCAAAAUAAACACAAGGAAGGAGGAGGAAGCGGCUGCUAUGAGCGUGCGACGUCUUCUGGUCAUGGAAGAAGUUUUUGGGACACAUCGCUUCUUGGGAUUCUUGUUCUUUUAGUAUAUUAGGACAUACGAAAUGGGAAAAUAAAUGAACGCCGGAGUUCUCCGUGAAAUUGUAGCCCCUCUGGCAAACAACUGCCACACCUUCGUCAUCAGUGUAACAGGUUUUCUACACAACUGUCCAGAUGGGUUGCAGUUGCUGUAGGAUGAUAAAAAGUUACAUCUAUGACCCCUCAGUCCCUGUAGAAGUUCCUGGUCGGAAGCGGGACCCCACCAGCAGCUCUCUAUAUCAAUCUCACCGAUUCCCAGAGGAGGCAGACCACAUUCCCAAGAAGCAGGGCUUCCACAACCUAGCAUACAGCACCCAUCCCAGCCCGACCAAACUCGACAUCGACAACAACCACAUCAACCGGCUCCAUGCUAACAUUCCAGGCGAGCAGAUCCGAUCGAGCCCAGCGGAGGGUGACCCAAGCCUUUACAUCCUCCAGCCCGAGGGCGAGGGGACGCCCAUAAAAGUCGCCCCCACCUUACGCAUCAAUCCGCCCAUACAGAACGAGCCGUUGUUGGGAACGGAACCGGGCAAGCGAGAGGACAGAUUCCGAGACUCUGGGCUGGGCGUAACAGACGGGACAGAAGGAUCGGAUGGAUAUCCCUAUGGACAGGAAGAUGAAGACGAGGACAGGAAGAGCAGGCUAGCCAGUACUCCGGACACGGCCGAUGAGGAGAGUGUGCUGUCUGUGGAUAUACACACCAGCAGUACGAGCCUCUCCUCAGCAGACGCAAAGCUCAUGAUAGAGGACAGAGAAAAGGAAGAGCCCUCGAUCGAGAGAGGAGAGCAAGAGAGAGCGAAAGAGAUGGAUUGUGUGAGCGUCACAGACUCAAUGGUGGCAGAGGCCUUGGCCGCUCUGGAUGCGGCAACUGCGGGAGAGGAUUCUGAGUGACGUCAGGUGGCUCACUAGUUAAUGGUGACUACAUGGGAGAUUUCCAUACUCACUCUCUCGCUCACCCUCAAUAUUUGAAUACAGCCAAAUAAUAGCGCUCAUGAAGCUUUCCUGUAGACAGUCUGUAGGUACUUUUAUUUUGAAUGGAAAAAAAUCAAAUGAAGCCUUGAUAACAGGAACUGCUGCUUGUUUACACAACAAAAACAAACCACUUAUGAGACUUACUUGAGCAAAUGAAGGUCAUGGACAAACUCAAUUCUCAGACCAAACUGAAAGGACUGUUGCGUGAUUUUCCUCAGUGCUGUUGUCUACACAGCAUCAUAAUGAAAUAAGCUCCAUUUCUUAUCGUCAAAUAUUAUUUGUGACCCUGGACCACA